AUGAUGUACCCCGCGUAUGGGGGGCUCGCUCCCGACAUUCUCCCCAUGUCUCAUCCUCAUGACGCCUUUUUCGAUCAUCCAUCUACCCAGAUGGCCAUUUCACAACCCGCAAGGAGAUCGUCCCGGAGCACAAUCGGGCAGCAGCGGUCAGGCUCGGCCAUGCGGGUCAACAAGCCCAGCAGCGCAAACAACAGUCCCAGAUCCUCGACGUCGGCGAACCGGAGGCGGACCAUGAUGGUUGAUUGUUCGACGCCAUAUCGGCAACGCCAAGUCAUGGACUACUUUGGUGUCACUCAUGGCAACGACGUGGCCAUGCCAACCAAGCAGACGGCUCGUCCCCUCAGCUGGCAUCCCACCUCCUACAUGCACCAGGCGCAGUCGCUGCGUCAACACCACACCAGCUAUCCCCUGCCGGCCUCCAACACAUAUAUCGACGCUCGGGACCAGCACUCUACCCACCAACCUCACUUCUCCCCUGCCAUGGCCUCGUACUCGAACGACACAUCGCCUUGCUCCACCUUUUCCCCUUUACCGCUGUUUCCCGGCUACGACGACAGCACGAACGUGCAAGCCGAUGCGUGGGACUUUUCGCAGAGAGCGACCCCCUUCUACCCGUCUUCCAUGGAUGGCCGGUCCAUGCCAGAUCAGUUCCAUGCCCUGGGCGGCGCCAUGGACCAGAGGAUGGCGGUAGGCGGCGCCGCGGACUGGGAGGCCUUUAUCAUGCAACGAUACGACAACACGUCGCCCCCUACGCCAGAGACGUUUCCUCAGAUGCAGCACUCGCAGCCAGCCGUGUCCGAAGGGAAUUUAGCCUACGAGGCUCUGGACAAGGCAGAGGAGGAGGGGGAGAUACUCGUCGGGAUGGGCUUGUACGAUGCGCCAGACAAACUCGAGGAGGAUCCGCAGCUGAACAACUACCGCUCGACUGUCUCGUCCUUGCUGGGAUCCUCAUUCCGGCCGCAUGAGCCGCGAGGAAAGGGCCUGAAGCUGGAAGAGACAUGGGAGCCGCCUAAGUCGGACGACGGGGAGGAAGACGACGACGAUGAUGAUACGGAAGAGACGCAGAGCAACGACGAUUAG